UGGCAGCCCCGGGGCCGCGCAGCCCCCUCCUCGGCUCAGUCGGGGCAGGCUACGGAGGCCGACAGGCGGCGGCGAUGAUGAUGGAGUCGGUGCGCGCCCAGCGGCUGCAGCCCGGGGUGGGGACGCUGCGCUCCCUGCGCCCCGGGGUGACCGGGGCCCCCGCGGCGGCGGCGGCCUCGGCCCCUCCGCCCCCGCUCCUCCCCGCUGCCGGCGGCGCCCCGGCGCUGGUGCUGCCGCCGCCUCCUCCGGGGCUGCCGGGCCCGGGGGCCUCGCCGGGCGGAGCGGGGCCCCCGGCCGUGCUGCGCGAGGCGGUGGAGGCGGUGGUGCGCAGCUUCGCCAAGCACACGCAGGGCUACGGCCGAGUGAACGUUGUGGAAGCUCUUCAGGAGUUCUGGCAGAUGAAGCAGUCACGUGGUGCUGAUCUGAAAAACGGAGCCCUGGUGGUGUACGAGAUGGUCCCUUCCAACAGCCCCCCUUAUGUCUGCUAUGUCACGUUGCCUGGGGGGAGCUGCUUUGGCAGCUUCCAGUUCUGUCCGACAAAGGCUGAAGCCAGGAGGAGCGCUGCGAAGAUUGCACUAAUGAAUUCUGUCUUUAACGAGCACCCCUCCCGGAGGAUCACAGAUGAGUUCAUUGAGAAGAGUGUCUCGGAAGCCUUGGCGUCUUUCAAUGGUAAUCGAGAAGAAGCCGAUAACCCGAACACUGGAAUUGGUGCUUUCCGUUUCAUGCUGGAAUCCAACAAGGGGAAGUCAAUGUUAGAGUUUCAGGAGCUGAUGACCGUCUUCCAGCUGUUGCAUUGGAAUGGCAGCCUCAAAGCCAUGCGAGAGAGGCAGUGCUCACGGCAGGAGGUGCUGGCUCACUAUUCGCACCGUGCUCUGGAUGACGACAUAAGGAACCAGAUGGCCAUGGACUGGGUGAACAGGGAGCAGAGCACCCCCGGAGUCCUUUCCAGAGAGCUGUCCUCGACGGAGAGGGAGCUGGAUGAAGCCCGACUGGCUGGGAAAGAGCUGCGUUUCCACAAGGAGAAGAAAGACAUCCUGAUGCUGGCGGCUGGCCAGCUGGGGAGCAUGCACUCCUCCAACUGCUAGACUCUGCACGCGAACUGUUCAGCUUCCCCAUGCCUACUAACAAUUCCACAUUGAAGGGAUCUGUACCGUGUCACUUAGGGCAUACAGCUGCCUCUUUUCCCGGAGUCGUGGCCCAUUUGCACAUUUUUUUAAGAAGAUGUUUUUAAAAGUUUCUGUACAGAUUUUUACCCUUAGUACUAGCCUUUAGAUUACGUUUCAGCUUUUGAUCUGCUAAAGAAUUCCUUCUCUUUAAAAGUGCAUUUAAAAAAAAAUGCAGCCUUUCAGUGUUAACACUACUCUAAAGACCUCCGUUCAACCCAGGUACUCUACGGAUGACCGUAUUCAGUGGAAAUGUAGCAUUUCCCCAGGGAGAUCUGGAUUUGAAGAGAUCCAGACGGCAUGUUACGCAAAACUGCCUUUCCUUCUGCUUUUGCAGUCUGAGGGGUUUGGUCAAACCCCUCUCCUUUUUGAAAAGCACAGCACUUAGCAAUAUGUUCUGCUCCUUUGUACUAGAAUUCAUGCUCCAAUGGAGAACACCUCAAAGCACAUGCAUGGAGUUUCGGAUCUGGGAUUUUGAUUUGCUCCAUUAUAGAAAUAUGGGGUCAGUCUGCAAAAUUGCCAUCUGCAUCUGAGAUCAGAUUGAAAACUCCACAAAGUGUUACAGGAUGGGAGGUUUGGAUCUGUUUUUGGCUUCGAUCUUCUCUCUUGUACAGAAAGAGAGUCAGCUGGCGACAUAUGUUCAAACUGCUUCCUUAAUACCAAAUUACAAGACUCUGGUGUUUAAGGGAUUGGCUUUGGUAUUAAGGAAUUGGGCUCAGCUUUUUAAUUACGUCUGUACUAGAGAGAGCUCCCAGCCCUAAGAGCUCUGCAGUCCCCCUCUUGAAUCCCCUUUGAACUUUCAUGGGAUUUGCCCUUAGCCCCGCAGGAGUGGAUGAGCUUGGAAUGCCAUUCCCUGGGCUGACUAGUAAGGUGCUAUGAAGAUGCUCGACUUCUAGGAAAGUGUACUGUCCACUUCAUAAGUUACUUAGUCUCACCUAGGCUGGGGACGCCAGAGUUCUGAGGCUAUCCUACCGCUGUCUGGUGUCAUGCUAUUGUCUCCAUGUGAGCAACCUGGCUUUGGGUUGCUUUUGAACACAAUGUCGGACUAAACCUUUUUCAGGAAGACCUAAUAAACACUUGUCAGAUAUUUAGAACUGGCUAACGGAAACAUUGGGGGAACUGUUCCAGGUGUAGCACCAAAGGCCCCAUGUUUACUUCCUUGUUGACCGGAACUGUAUUAACCUCUUGAAGCAGAACCUGGAUUCAGCUGGUCCCCAGCAGUGGAAGGUCAGAUCUGGAUCCAAACCUUAUGGUUCAGCCUCAACUACGCUUGGUUUCUUUUGGCCGGCGUAGAGAGGUCUGAACCAAGUUAUAAACAGGGCUGCACCUAGUCUAUAGCACACUAACUUGUUUAUAAUAUGGGUCAGAUCCGUCUUGAGGAUACCAAGAACAGUCUCCCUACAUGGUUUUACUCCCUAGAAGGUUUAGAUUACCCAUGCAAAAUAGAUAAUAGUAGGCUGCAGAGGGCUGCAUUUAAUCUCCACUUUGGAACUUGCUCUGUUUGUUUUAGUGUUGCUUGAACAAAAGAUUCCUGACAUGUAAAUUUAUAUCUGCACUAUUUUUUUAAACUGAUAGAGCCCCGCACUUAGUAUAAAUAUUAACCCUGUAGUACAAGUAGCUUAAAAGCAGCAUCCUUUCAAAUACCCAGAUGUGUCCAUCGUUCAGAUUUAUAGCAGAAAGGGGAAAAAAUGCCAGCUGCAGAAUAGCAGCCCAAAAGGGAAACCCAAUCAAGAGACAAAAACUCCAUUCCCAACUCCUCUCUAGGGUCUGCUUAUCCCAGGGAUGGGCACUGAGCUUUCUGAACAGGCUAGGCACUCAGUUGCGAACUGUUUCUUAGUUACCUAACUGCCCUAAGAAAGUUGAAAGAAAUCUACGGGGGUUUAUCCAUUUUGCCCAAGUAGAACCCUCAUGGUCAGAAAUAGUUCGUUUAUGUCUGUCAUGGGCAGAAAAACUGCAGCUUUGUGGAGAUGGGAGCAGUUGCGAGCACUGUUUUAAUCAGGUCAUAUUUACUGAAGAUGUAAUCAAAGCACAACCAUAGAACUGUUUGAUCGUUGGCUUCUACACAGUUGUUGGGGGGCAGGGGGAAGGAAGGGGUUAACAACACCUUGGGCACCCCUUCUCAUUAGUCCUCAAAUGAUUCCAGUCUGCUAAAUUCUUCUGUGCACACAGAUGCCACUUCAAUGCAAGCAGGGAUUCAUUGCUCUGGUUACAAACUGAAAACAUUUCACUGCUUGCACCAGGGAAAAAUGGGAAGUCAUUCCAGCCCAGCCCAUCCAAGUCCCUGGAUUUCUGAUCUUUGUGCAUCUCCGUGACACAUCUAAGGGGCAUUAGGGAGCCCGUAUUUCAUAUUUUGCUGUGAGGCCUUAGCCCAAACUUGCACUUUGAUCAAAGAUCCAGAUCCGUUUGGUUCUGCUGAGUUAAAACUGAAUAUUAAUGCUCAAAAAGCAGAAGUGUAGCUUGUAAUAUUCUCAAUAGAAAGUCAUACUCUAGUGUUUCCCGUUUAUGGCAAUAACUGAUCUCUCAGAUCAUAACUACCAAACCUUUUUACCUUUUAUCUAGUGACUUGUUGAUUUUGUAAGCCUGCUGUGCAAGGCAUUUAUUUGAAAGGAUGUGGGACUCUUUAAUCUCGUAUCCUGCUUGUGAGGGCUUGCUAGUGUCUGAUUAGUUUUGUAAAGGAAAAAUUACAGUAUUGGGCUCUCUCCAUUAAUAGCAAAGUCUGAAUCUAUUUUUGUGGUGACAUAAGUGGCACAGGGAUUGAUGGAGUAGGAAGCCAUGGUACAGAAAGUAUCUGUCAGCUAUGCCCACACUGUAAGGGGACCAGUUUUAAGCUUGCUCGUAGCUCAGUCAUCCAAGGCCGAUGUCAUUUUAGACUCUUCCUUUACAGAGUAGGGGGAAAACGAAUGUUUUGUAAAACAGCCACGUGGGACAUUUUCUGUACUGUUUGAUUUGCAACAUGUAGUGUGCAAUGCAAUAGAUUUGCUUGUAAUUCAGACGAGAUGUCAAUCACGACCUCUUGGCUUUUCCUCUAAUCAGCAUUGAAGAGGUAGGAGGCCUCAGGCGGUGGGGAAGAAGGGGGUAACAGUUGAGCACUUUGUACCGUGUUUCAUAUUCUCAGUUCACCAGUGUAGUUCAGGUUAAAUAGCCAGCUAGAGCACAUCUCCUAGACAAUGCAGUCUAACAAAGCAAUGAUUUGCUGGUGCACAAAAUAAUCUUCCUCAUAACACUUUAAAGCCUUUUCAGUGUAUAAUCCAGAAGAGCUGAUGGGAUCUCUUGUGGGAUCUUGAGUCAAAGGCUGUCUUUUUAAAAACAAACAAACAAAAAUGUUCUACCACUUUGGGAUCCUUGUGGAUCUCUUCUCAUGUUGGCUCCUGGUGUCUCACUAAUUGAGACUAGUCUCUGAGGUCCCACUCUGAGAGCAGGAGCCUGCCACAGUUUUGGUAUCUCCACAGAGAUCAUCUCUCAACCCCACUCCAUCUUUCUAAAGAAGCCUCUUGCAGAGGAUGUUUCAACUAGUAGCAUGUGGAUUUUGAAGCGACGUUCUCACAAGAGGGAGAUCAAGAAGCAAUUGCAUUAUUCUUAGGCCUUCUAGUGUUGUAUUCUAGUCCUAACAAGCCUAUGUCUGAUGUUUUUUAUAUGUGUAUAUAUAUUUUUAUAUACAGCCUUUUCACCUGAUAGUAUUAAUGUUUAAUGCAUUUAUAAACUUGAUUUGUAAAUGGUAUUUUUAGUUCUUGGGUUUUUUUUUUCCAGGUUGGUUUCUUGGUUUCUGGACCGUUAUUAAGACACUUAAUCAUUUGCUUUCUCUAGAAACAGCACAGAGUCUUAACUUUCUGCUAACAUUUCCACUUGUGUGUAGCGUUAAAAUAAAUCAUGUAACAUUGACUUGUCUAAGGAUCUAAUCCUGCAGAUGCUUAAGACCUUGAGCACCUUCAAAUGAGAGAGGUGGCAUUCACAGCAUUAGAACCCGAAGUGUGUAUCUCCAGAAAUGUUACUUCCAGUUUCUUCUUUAUUUUAAGGCCAUCUAUACGUAAAAUGCUACAGCAGCAGUGCUUCAGUAGACACUUAUUACAACAAUGGGAGGGGUACUCCCAUUCUGUAGGUAAUCCACUUCCCUGAGCGGCAGUAGCUAGGUUGAUGGAAGUAUUUUUCUGUCAACCUCCCGGUGUCUACACCAGGGGUUAGGCUGGCUUAACUACAUCACUCAGGGUUUGGAUUUUUCACACCCCUUACAUAUAGUGAUGCUGAUCUAACUUUCCAGUACAGAGCAGCCCACAAAUUACUUUUUGAAUUAUGGACCAGAUUGUACCACUUUGGCAGAGCAAGGUGGCCGAAUCUAGCCCUAACUGAGAAUUAACCUGUCAUGGGGAAGUUCUCACUUAGUCAGCUCUUGUGCUGACUGGCCACCACACUCCUUGUCCUGGUGUUGGUCAGGAUGGAGUGCAGUUGCGUAUAAUCCCAUGAAGACCUCGGCCAAUUGGCAUAAAUUAGAGCAGCCCCAUAGCUGCUUUAAUGUGUCAGUGGGCCGGAGCUGGCACAAUUACUCCAUGAUUCUCAUGGAGGCAUAAGAUGCUCCCUGGGUUGGACACCUUCCUCCCACAUUGUUUGGUGCAGGGCAGAAUCUGAACCUAGACCUCAGUUCAUCCAUGCUGGAUAUUUUUUUUUUUUUUUUAAAUUGGCUAAUCUGAAUUAGUGUUAACUCUACUGCUGACACAGGGUGGUGCUGCAGAAGUCAAUAGCAUUAGAAAUUUCCUCAUUUAUCCAAACAUAGGCUGCGUUCCCUGUGACAGCUGAAUAAUCAAACUCUUCCCCUUCUGAAGUCUGGCACUUUAGCUCCCAGCAAGCACUGGAAGCUUCUUAGGGCCUGUCUGCUCCUCAUUUUGGUGCUAAUUACAGAUCUUUUCAAGAUAUAUAUAUAUUUUUUGCUUAUGUGAGACCUUAAUGGUUCUCCACUAAAA